AUGCCCUUUCAGCCUCAAGUCUCUCCAUUCUCGACAUCCGCCACCCUCCUCGCUCGCAAGAAAGAGAGGCCCAAAAAGGAUAAGCGGAUUACCGAGCUCCGCUACCAUCUCAUGCACCCCCAAACCCCCCGACCUCUCCGCUUCGGCCGUUCCCGUUACCUCAGACACUGGACCAUCCACCGCGCCUGGCAACUCUACCGCCGCCAGCAGCGCGAAGCUCGGGAACGCGAACUGCAACGGCUUUACCACAGCAUGCGCGACGCAUGCGAAGAACUACGACACAUGGACGAGCUGGGCAACCGCGCGCCGUUGUCGGACGCGACGCCGGGGGUGAUUGAGGAUGAGGGCGGCGAGGCGGAGACGCGCGAACAGGUCCGGGCGAGGCCGACAGGAAAGGAGGUGGGGAGGUUGUAUCGGAAGGCGAUGAAGAAGCAGGAUGUGUGGAAAGGGUUCCCGAUUGAGUAUGCGAGGCCGCUUACUGAUUAUCCGAGCCGUGAUGGGUGGAAUAUUGGGUGGAAACGACCUUAG